GUUUUGAACAAAAUGUCAAUAAAAGCGCUCAAAAUCUAACUCUUUUGAUGUCUUCAGACAAAUAAUGACCGCAACUGUUAUCUUAACCAUCAAUUGAUCACUACUUAGAGGACACAUACACUGUGGCCAUAAUGUCUGCCAAUGAGUUCAACAUUCAUAACGAUGUCAACCAAUUGAUGAAACUAUUGGAGAUCGAGGAGAGCGUCAUCGAUGGCGUGACCGCUGACUCUAUCGCCGAGGCUUUGGCCAAAAGUGUGGACCAGAAGUCGAAAACUCGCGGCGCGAAAGACACGUUUGUCCGCAGUCUGGAGGCGAAGAGCGAUCCCGACUUCCGCAACAAAUACGAAGAC